GAAGAAAUAAAUUUUCCUUGGUGGAUAAGGUGGUCAAAUGUGAUGUUGAGUCACAUGUGUGGUAGUGGUGGUGGUGAGGGACCAACACCCAGCACUGAGGAAGGAAUGAACACCUCACUACACACCACUACUACCACCAUGGCCACCCAGACUGACACACACUCCCAAAAUCACAGUGAGAUGAACGAGCUUCCCCCACCCAGGAUGAUUUCCCAGAGAGCUCAUCAAACGCUAGCCUUCCCGACAUUUUCCUCAAAUUACACCAAGAUGAUUCAAGCCAACUUAUACGAUAAACUUACCAACCCUAAGGGAAUAAUCAACUUGGCCCAGGCUGUCAACCGGCUCAUGGAAGAAGAAGUAUUAGCAAGGCUGAACAUGGCUGAUGCACUCACUCUUACAGCUAAACACCAAUACUACUCCGACACUAACGGUAUUCCUGAGUUACGGACAGCCAUAGCAAAACUACUAACCCGCCACCAUAAACCACAGAAUUCGAUCAACCCUGAUAAUUUAAUUGUGAUGAAUGGGAUAACGGCCUGUUUAGACGCACUCUCCCACACUCUUUGUGAUCCCGACGAUGUGGUCAUUACCCCUACCCCUGUGUAUGGUCGCAUCUAUACAAACUUUCAUGACCGUUCAGCAGCCACUGUAAUACCACUUGUCUGCAGUCAAGAGGACGACUUUGCUCUGAAUGUUAAAGACUUAGAAAAACUGAUCGAGAAGACAGAGAGUGAGGGCCGAUGUGUGCGUGCGUGUGUCCUCCUUCAUCCUCACAACCCUCUUGGCCACAUUUACUCUACUGCACAAUUAAGGAGCAUCAUGGAAAUAUGUGCUCAGCAUGAGGUCCACGUGAUUAUUGAUGAGAUUUAUGCCUUUUCAAUAUACAACAAGGAGAUAAAGUUCAACAGUGUCCUUGGCUUUGAGUCUCUGCCUGAUCCACAACGUACACAUGUUCUUUGGGGGUUCAGUAAGGACUUCUCAAUUCCUGGGUUCCGUCUGGGAGUAAUUCACAGUCUCAACCCAUGGGUUCUGUCGUGUGUCACAACUCUGUCUCAUUACCACUCCUGCCCUCAAGUUAUUCAGCAUGCUGCAGCAACUAUCAUUAAUGACGAAGAAUGGUGUGAUGGUUUCUACCUUCCUACUAAUCAGGAGAGGCUAGCUAAAGCACACCACAAGAUCUGCCAACGUCUACAGGAGAUGGAGAUUGCGGUCUGCAAAGGUCAGGGUGGCCUUUAUGUCUGGGCUAACCUGCAGGCCUACUUGCAGCCGUGUACUGAAGAACGUGAGAUGGCUCUGUUCAUGGCUCUGGUAGAUGGAGGUGUGUGUAUACUACCAGGCAAGAAGUUAUACUGUGUCAACCCUGGCUGGUUUAGGAUUAUAUUUGCGGUGCCUGACGAAGAAUUAGAAGAAGGACUGUCGAGGAUUGAAGUUGUUUUAUAUGUUUGGAAGAAGAAUAUCGAGUCAGAUUCUUCAUAGUAAUCAUCACAAACUGAAUGAUUUACUAUAACAAGUGGUCCAGUGAACUGUCUGGGGUGUGGGCGGUGCUAUCCCAUGGUCCUGCCAUUUCGGGAAGGGGGUUAAUGUUCAACGUUAAAAAAUCUGCAUGGCCAGCCUGUCAAUCCUACAUGAGCACAUCUUUAAAAUGGUAAAAGGUAAAGAAUAUUGGUUGGUCAUAUUGACAGAAUGGUCUCUAUUUGUUUGAAAAAUGUAAAGUGUAUUGAGUGUCUUUUUGCAUUGUGGUUCUUACACAUUUGAUUGCACACUGUAUCAAAAGGGUUUGAAAUGUUUUACAGGUACAAUAUGUAAUUCAUUCAAAUUAUUCACUGUUUUUGUUUUUUCUUGCACUACAGCAUUUUUGGGGGUGUACAAAGGAUAACAAAUGGUAUUUUGCAUUAUGAAUUGAUAGUUGUAAAACAUGAAGUGACAAGUAUAGCAAAAAAUUACUUAGGAGACAUAUACUUCGAGUGCGAGCACUCACUCGGACACUCAUCAAAGUGAAUGCUCAAACUCAAAGUAUGUCUCCUACAUCAUCUGUUGCUGUAUUUUUCAAUUCAUGUUUUACAACUAUCAAUUCAGAUUACAAAAUAUCACUUAUUGGCCUUUGUACAUCACCACCAAGUGAAAAACUGUCCAUUCGGUCCCAAAAAUGCUGUAUAUUUAUAUAGUUAUAAAAGAUUAAUUCUAAUGAGUAUUAUUAUGUUUAAUGCAAUCUGCAUUGGAACAUUGAUGUUAUGAUGUUAUGACUGCUUCAACAACCAAGGUCUGUUAGUUCAUUAAAAGGCUAGUAACUACGAUUAAAUAAUUUAUGAGAGACAAGACUCUAUACAGUAUAUACUGUAUGACAGAUUUUAAAAAGUACAGUACUGUACUGUUCAUCUAAGUUUUUCAUAGCAGAUAAUGAUCUACCAUAUGAAUAAAACUAUGAGUGAAUAAGCCAAGGUCUUGCUGCAUGCAACCAAGUGUAUACAACACUCCUGUCAGAGUUACAGAUUUACACCAAGGGCAGCCCCAAUUCAUCCAUCUGUGGCUAGGUACUGUACCCAACUUUAUAGUUGGAUUAAUGAAAUUGAGUGUAGUGCCAGCCACUCUGCUUCCUAGUGUACUGAAGCCUUAACAUUCAGUGUGCUGUAUCCCUACUGCCACAACAGUCUGUCGGGCUUAUGGAACCUACUGUCACCUCCUUUUGUUCCUAAGUCCAUCAGCCUCUGUCAAAAGGCUCAUUUUUUUGCUUUGGAAACUUGCACCAGCACUCUCCACCUCCAAGGAAUAAUGCACAUCAUCUGGAAUUUAAAAAAACUCAAAAUCCAUUUGUGAACAAGUUUUUCUCGCUGAUGACAUAAUAGAAUGCUUUGAAACUCUGCACCAGCACUCUCCACCUCCCAGGGAUAUUGCAAGUCUCUGUAUCAAAGAAAAUGCUUCAAAGAAUGUGUAUCAGAAAGCAAUUUAACCCUUUUGACCUGAAGAAUACAGUAGAGAGGAAAUCUACUUGAAUCUUUAAGUCUACUUAUUCUUUGAGACCAGUCGUGUGAUGAAUUCAUUUAUUUUACAAGCUAAAGACUGACCUGCAACAUGGAUGAAAUGGACCUUGUGAGGAACUCAAAAUAUAAGGCACUAACUGGUGGUACCUGGCAUUGUUCUGGUUUGCUAACAAAGAAAUGGUGCACCAACAAACACCCCUACCAACAUUCCACGGCACACCCAGGAGCUGUUGUCAUGACCCAAUCUUUUUUUUUUCAUGUGGUGUCAACAUGUCCGACCUUGGUCAAAAUUAAGUGCGCAUUCAAAAAUUCUGGUUCUUUAUAUUAAAAGCGGUGGUCAUACAUAGGGGAGCCACUUUUAGGUAAGAUCCUCCCCUAAAUUAGAUGGACUUUAAGGCCAUAACCACCAAUAACAAAGUACCACUAUUUCCAAGAACCCACUACAGUGACCCCUCGUUUAACGAACGCCUCGGUUAACGAAAUUUCGGUUAACGAACUGCCUUCCAUAAGGAUCUUCAAUUCGGUUAACGAA